GCUUCACAUGUCUUUACCAAAUUCCUAAGCUUUUUCUGGAGCUAAAAAAAUUAACAUACAUGCAAAAACCAAGAUUUCUCAAGAAGAAAACAAGAGACUAUUUGCUUGAUCGAUCUCAAAAAGAAGCCGAUGCUGCUGCUGCUAAUGAUUAUGGUGAUAUUGAGGAGGAGGAUGAAGAUGGUCUCAUUGAGAUUCUUCUUGUGAGCGAAAAAGCAAAGACUCUAGAGGCAGUGAGGAACAUUAAUCAAAGUCGGCAGAGAACAAGGGCUGAUGAAGAUGAACAAGAACAGAUAGAUGAUGCGAUAAUGGAAGAAGAUGAUAAUCUUAUUGAGAUUGAUAUUUCCAUUGGAUCUAUUAAAAGACGGAGUAAAUGAAGAUUAAUUGUUUCAAUAUAUUUUUUUUUCUCAAAUGUACAAAGGCAAUUCAACAUUCUAAUAUAUUGGAGUUUUUGAUCA